AUUUAAUUUAAAAGUUUAAUUAAAACUUUCACUUAAUAUCAAAGGUGUAAUUGACUGCCAUUUAUCACGCUUAACAACUACGUCAUGCUGAUAUGAAAAAAUAUAGUCACAAGAACCGUUGGAUUUCUAGUGUUGAUUGACGAAAGAAUACAAGAAAUUACUUCAAAUAUUUUAAAAAUUUAAAAUAAUUCUACAAAAUAAUUAAUACUAGUAAAGAUAAGAAUGCGUCAGCCAUUUACUGUGACUAUGCGGAAAAUUUUCAUCGUUAUUGUUUUCAAUAAAUUUUGGAUAACUGCACACAGCGUGCCAACGCAAGUGGAAACUAAAGAAGCCCUGAAAAAAGUUGGUGAUUUUUUAAAAGAUGAAACUGGUUCCAAGUGGCUGGCAAAUUUGGCUUUUUCAGGAGCGUUAACAACUAGCGGACUUAUUGAAAAAAUAAUAAAUUCAACCAAUAUCGAUCGCAAUGUUAUAGAAGCAGCUGAAACAAUAAAACUUUCUCUAAAAGAAUAUGAAAAAACAAACGUAAUAGAUGAUUUAUUCAAUCUUGAAGAUGAAGGAUGGAAAGAAUUAAUUAAAAAUGUCGAAGAACAUGAUGACAUUAUUUGUCUUUAUCGUAAACAUUCGAAUGUAUCGGAUCAAAGAUCUGAGGAUUGGCAGUCAUUUUUAAAAAGUGUUUCAUCAGGAUACACUGUACAUCUUGCAUUAGAUAUGGGAAAAAAAUAUGUUCUUUGUAUGAAAAAAAUUCCAGAAUCAAAUUCAACUGUAAGUUCAAUUGUUACUUCGAGUAACAAUUCAAGUACCACUGUUGUCGAAGUUUUACCAGUGAACGCAAGAAAGUCUUUAACUGAGUUGAGUUCGCAGGUAACUUCUACUGAGAAAACAAUUGUAUCAUCUGAAAAAGCUACUGUAAGUACGGUGGCAUCGUUUGUCAAUCCAGCUAUUGGAAAAAAUAGCAGUUAUAAAUCUAAAGAAUGCGAUAGUAGUGAGGCAUCUUGCUCAGAUAAAUCACAGAGUAGUUUUGAAAUGUCCAAUGAAAUAGUUAAUGCUGGCCGACGUAAAACGAUUACCAAAAAGUUGGAACAAAAUGAUAACUCAGAAGUAAAGGACAUUCAAGUUCAAAAACCACCAUAUUGUAAUCGUCCAAUAAUUUACAUUUUGGCAAACUAUGCCUCUUCUUAUCGAGAUCUAGGCUGCUCUUGUAUAUCAGAUUGUAAUCAGAUGACACCUUUUUCUGUUCCAAUUAAUCCACAGACUAUAGUUCUCCCAAACUAUCGAAAUAAAUUCACAAACAAUAUUAGAAUGAAUGAUCAAUUAAAAAUUAAGCCUGAAAUGAUAUCAAGUACAUUCAAAUUACCAAUAACUACUUCUAACUGUCAAAAAAACAAUUGUUUUGAAAAUAAAAUAAAAAAACGACUAGAUAUUUUUAAGCAUCCUUUGAUUCGGCCAUCUGCAAUUUAUCCGAUACUUAGACAAAAAGAAUUUUUAAGUCAGCCAAUCACCAGAAAAUUAUCUUUCCAUCGACCACCAGUGAAACAAUAUAAUGUAGAAAAAAAAAAAAGGAAUAACGUAAGAUCAAUGAACCAAAAUAGCAUUUGGAAUAAAAUUGUUCCUGAAAAUAUUCGAGAAGCACCAAGUAUCAACUCACAUGGAUUUUAUAGACAAAAUAAUUUACCUAAGUAUCAAAAUCUUUUUCGAAAAGCACCAAUUAUUUUGCCAAAAACAUUUGGAACAAACUUUUUAAAAAUGCCACUACAGCCAAUAACUAAAAAAAAUAAAAAAACAUAUAAUGAGCUAGAUGAAAGUGAAGAUUCAGCAAGUUUUUCGUCAGAAGAAAACUUAUCACGAAUGGAAGUCAGAGAAAAAUGCAUGAGUUGUCCAGAUCCAUGUGACAGACCAUUGAAUUUAAAAGUCAUUGUUGAUAGCCCUUACAAAGACGGCCCACCAAUAAACAUGAAGUUUUUUACUGACCCUGAUCAAAAAGUCAAAGUUUCUCAAGACUAUAGAAUCUCGAAGAAUAAUAAUCUGUCGCGAAUUGCCGGCCGAAGAAGUGUCGGUGCAGUUGGGAAGAGUAAUAAAAUUUCAAGAGAACAAGAAACUAAUGACAAUAAACUUGGUGAAAAAAAAGAAAAAACUGAUGGUAAACCAGAUGAACAAAAAAUCCUCGAAAAUCAUUAUGAGGAUUUUAAAGAUGCUGUAAAUUCUUUUUAUGACUAAAAAAUAAAUUGGGUUCAAUAUUACAUUUUUGUUUUUUCUAGUCUUUAAUGUUUAGGAAUUUUUUUCUGUUAAUUUCAAAAACACCUACCAGAAAAGUAUGUAUUUAUUGUCCACCAACGUAAUCAUCGUUUUUACACUUUGUGAUAAAAAAAUGUUUUAUUUUGAAAAGUAGUAUCUGUUUAUUAUAUAAUUAUACUUACGAAUAAUUUUUUUAUGUUUUUUUUUCUUAUUAAAUAGUUUUUUUUUUUUACCAAGACUUGUUAGUACACUCGUAAUUUAAUUCAAAUCAAGUUGGAAGACUUGACGGCUGAUCAUCCGCAUUAUA